UCACACUGUUAAUAUCUUAAUUGCACAACAGCUUCAUAACAAUCUGAAAAGAGAUUCAAAGAAACAGAUACAUACAGUGAUGAAAACAAUAUCUAUCCUGUUGACAACUCACCUAUUUCUUAGCAUUACACUUGCAGCAUCCAUUGAUGGACAGUCAGUUAAUGGUGGAAUGUACACAUAUAAUAAUUCAGUCAGUCUACCAAUACCUUUAUCUAUAGAAAAUAAUUCAAGUCAAAAUAAUAUGAAUAACAUACCGAAUAAAAAAGACGUGGAGAGUAUAGCAGCAUCAAAGCCAAGCAGUGAUGAUGAUGAUGAUGCAGUCAGUCAAUUUCAAAUGCCUUUUUUGAUACUUGAUAAGUCAUUGGAACAAUUACAGCAUACUAUACAACGAGAAAUUUCACAUAACCAACCAUCUCAAAUAGAAACUUCAGAAAUGGAAGGUAAGAGUAAUAAGAAUUUAGAUGAACAUAACAAUUCAACACAACACCAAUUUAUAUUACAAAUACAAGGACCAAACCAAAAACAACUUGCAGUUCAAACACAACAUGCAAGUAAUCAAAAUAUAAAACCAAAGCGUGUACAAACACAAAUACAAUAUGCUCAGCAGAUAUAUCAACCAAUAAGUGGAACUAAUGAAAGCAAAGAGUCGUCAAAUAUAUAUCAAGAGCAACUUCAAAAACCAAUCAGCACAUCAGAAACACACCAAAAAAUCGAAAAUGAAAAAAAUGAAAUCCACAAAAAUGAACAAACCCAAAGAAACAUUGAAAACAAGACGAUAAAGACAGUUGGACAUCAACUAUCUCACAACUCACAACAACCGGGACCACUUCCCAUGAUUCCAGUUCUCGGUCCCGAUGUAGACGGGAUGAAUCCACCUCCUCACCAGAUGAACGCAUCGCCAGUCGGACAACCACCAUCUCACAACUCACAACAGCCGGGACCACUUCCCAUGAUUCCAGUUCUCGGUCCCGAUGUAGACGGGAUGAAUCCACCUCCUCACCAGAUGAACGCAUCGCCAGUCGGACAACCACCAUCUCACAACUCACAACAACCGGGACCACUUCCCAUGAUUCCAGUUCUCGGUCCCGAUGUAGACGGGAUGAAUCCACCUCCUCACCAGAUGAACGCAUCGCCAGUCGGACAACCACCAUCUCACAACUCACAACAACCGGGACCACUUCCCAUGAUUCCAGUUCUCGGUCCCGAUGUAGACGGGAUGAAUCCACCUCCUCACCAGAUGAACGCAUCGCCAGUCGGACAACCACCAUCUCACAACUCUCAACAACCGGGACCACUUCCCAUGAUUCCAGUUCUCGGUCCCGAUGUAGACGGGAUGAAUCCACCUCCUCACCAGAUGAACGCAUCGCCAGUCGGACAACCACCAUCUCACAACUCACAACAACCGGGACCCUUUCCCAUGAUUCCAGUUCUCGGUCCCGAUGUAGACGGGAUGAAUCCACCUCCUCACCAGAUGAACGCAUCGCCAGUCGGACAACCACCAUCUCACAACUCACAACAACCGGGACCACUUCCCAUGAUUCCAGUUCUCGGUCCCGAUGUAGACGGGAUGAAUCCACCUCCUCACCAGAUGAACGCAUCACCAGUCGGACAACCACCAUCUCACAACUCACAACAACCGGGACCACUUCCCAUGAUUCCAGUUCUCGGUCCCGAUGUAGACGGGAUGAAUCCACCUCCUCACCAGAUGAACGCAUCGCCAGUCGGACAACCACCAUCUCACAACUCACAACAACCGGGACCACUUCCCAUGAUUCCAGUUCUCGGUCCCGAUGUAGACGGGAUGAAUCCACCUCCUCACCAGAUGAACGCAUCGCCAGUCGGAGAAACACCAUCUCACAACUCACAACGAUCAGCAGUCUGCAAUUUUACUGAUAUGAUUAAUGCUUCUAUUCUGAACGACACAUUUUCUUUGGUUUCUCUCUUCGGAAACAUUUCACAUUCUUCGAAAUCUGCCAUUUACCUACUUGUAUUUAGUCUAAUUCGUAAUAAUCGCAAUUUUUCUGGUUUAAUGCCAACUGUUGGUGUGAGGCCUUCUUCUGUUUCCUCUUUGAAUAUUUCUUCCAGCCAAGUUCCGAAUCCUUUUAGUUUCAUUCGUGAUAUUUUUUCAGUCUUUGCAAACUUUUUCCCGCAUAAUGAAAUUAAUGAUGGUUUAGUUAAUUCUUUCAGUAGUAUGGGAGACGAUAAAUGUUCUACUGAAGAAUGUCAUCAGUUGCGAGAUCAUUUGACUUCUUCAUUUCAAUGGAAUAAAGCAUUUAUAGUGGAUCUUUAUAAAUCAUGUAAGAAUUCUAAAUUACUAACAGAAAGAAAUUCUUAUUUUGUCAAAUUGUUCAGAAGUUUCUGUGACAACUACUUUUCAUUCUGAUUACAAUAAGACACAUAUAAAUUUUAAUUUUAAU